AUGCACGCUGCUGCCACUAUCGCCAUGGACCGCGACAACCCUCAACCCCCCGACCACCAUAAUCCAGACGACCAAGAUAGCCAAGAGCACCAGCAGAACGUCCUCGAGCGCAUUCUCUCCAACUUGUUCCAGGACCGUUUCCUAUCCGAACGCCUCGCGCACGACCAGCCUUUAUCCAGUUCGCCGCAACCCCAGGCACAACCUCACCCCUCCAACACCCUUAUACCCUUCUUCAGCGCCGCCAGUGUCUUUGAACCACCCCAGGAUUCGCUGGAACCGCAAAUGCAGCGCGCGCAGCAUGUCGUCUUCUGCGUCGAGGAUACCGUGGGCCUGAAGGACGACAAGUACAGCGUGGGCGUCGUAGACAGAUCCUUUGGCGACGUAGACUCACACGAGCCCCGGCCACAGCGAGACUAUGGAGAGGAGAUUGAGCGGAAUGCUGACGUGCCAAGAGAAGACUUCGCCAAGUUCAUCAAGAGUGGCAUACCACCGCGGGGCACAGUGCUCGUCUCAUGGCAGACGCAAUUGAAGACUGAGCUGAUACCCGAGGCCAAACUGCAACUGCUUGACCGCGCCCUGUAUGUGGGUGAUGUUGUCAAACGAAAUGCGGACGAGCACAUGAGCGGCACCGUCAUCGGGACCAAGGCAGUCUGCACCCUCUUCCCCGCUACCAUGUUCAAUGGCGGCCAGAUCACACAAACCACCACCGACGACCUUUCCAUACGCAACGUUCCCGCAGACGAGCUUCUCAACGUCCACGAGUUUGUCGAGGGUGCCUUGGUAGUAUACGGGGACUGGGUGGGCCGCAUCGAGAACGUCUACGAUGAGGUGGCUGUCAAGCUGUCAAACAACUCGGUAGUCAUCGUCGAGGACCCAAGCGAGCUGGAGCAGGACGAUAUCACUGUCGAGCGCCUCAGUGUUGGCGACACUGUGAAAACAAAAAAGGGCAACCUAAGGAGAGGCCGCUGGAGAUAUGGCGCAUUCGAUCCGAAUGUACGGCCACAAGGCAUGGUGGUGGAGACAAGGACAAUCGACAUCGACGUGCAGUGGCUAGCAAGGAGCAUCGGAGCGCGCGAUAUUGCCUUCUCCGCCGAAGAGCCCCCAGCAACCCUGAGUCGCGAUGAAUUCGAAAGUUCCACCUUCUACAAGUACGACGCAUCAGGAGGAACCGCCACCACCCUACCCAUAUCCGCCAACGGCACCGAUCGAUCAUAUCACGUCGCCGAUGUAGCCGUCGGCGACAGAGUCAGCUUCAAGGACAUCACCGGAGCCGCUGUCAAAUAUGACGGUACCCGUACCCUGCCAAACGGAUACCCCCAAGGCAAAUUAACACGAAUAGCACGAACUGAAUCACUAGGCUACGACUUGAACGUGUUUCUAGUCAUGCAGACUCACAGCCAAGUCACUGUACAAUGGCAGGACCUUACAAUUACCGACGACCAGAGCUCAACACUACUACCGGACCCCAAUGUUGAGGAUGAUGAUGAGGUGUGGCCCGGAGAGAUUGUCUUCUCCAAAGAGGUAGGCGAGGGCAGAAGCACCGAAGAGAACUGGACAAAGAAACCAGCCAAAGUUGGUGUCGUACAAGCUGUCAAAGGUCGUGAUCGAAUUGCGACAGUACGCUGGUUCAAGAACCCUGCUGUUGAAUUCUUUGGCCCGGAUUUGCUUCGACCUUCGACUACGGGCGAGCUAAAUGAAGCCAUCGAGGACGUCAGCCUGUACGACAUCUACUCAUUCCCUGCCUUGACACGACGGCGCGGUGAUUUCGUCCUGGUGCAUCCAGAUUCGAUUGAAGGUCUGCAGGCACCACUGAAUCUUGCUGGCCCUGAUUGGUUUGGAGAAGUCAUUGACUUGGGCUUAGACGGUAAGCUCACCGUUCGUCUGGGCGCAGCGAAGCCGGUGGUUGACGUCAAGGUGCCCUAUGAGUCGGUCACUCUCGCAUAUAGCAGCGACAUGGCGGACGAGUUUAUGAACAUGGAGGAAUUGGACGGUGACUCAAUCGAAGACUCGGACGAAGAAGAUGACAUGUCCGACUCUCCGACUUACAAGGAGAUGUGGAUUGAGUAUCAGGGUAUGAACGGUGAACACACUGUCGGCGAUGAAGAAGACUGGUCUACAGAGGACGAAGAGGAGGAGGAUGUCGAUGACGAUGAGUCCAUGUCGGAUCUCAUUGAACAAGCAGACGGCGUUGACACAUCAAAAACAACACCCGAGAGCAAGUCACCCCUCUCAAAAGAAGAGCCAAAAGAUGCACCACAGGAAUCACAAAACGAUAGUUCACUCAUGGACCAAGAUAACCCAGAGCCAGUGGCAGAAAUGCCAUCAUCUUUUCUUAUCCUCGACGCACCUCCGCCGGCUAACCACCAUUACCUUGCACAAUCAUCAGCAUCCUCAUCAGCCUUAAUGCGACGUAUCGCAAAAGAACACAAGAUCCUACGUAACUCAUUACCUCCGGGCAUCUUCGUGCGCACCUGGGAGUCCCGCUUAGACCUUCUGCGCGUGCUGAUGAUCGGCCCCAAUGACACACCCUACGAAUACGCACCUUUUGUCAUUGACUUCCACCUCGACUCCUCAUACCCGCAAGUGGCCCCCGAAGCCUUUUUCCACAGCUGGACCAACGGCAACGGUCCCGUCAACCCUAAUCUGUAUGAGGAUGGGAAGAUAUGUCUGAGCUUGUUGGGAACGUGGCACACUGAUGAGCGGAAUGAGAGCUGGAGUCCCGCAAAGAGCACACUACUUCAGGUCUUGGUCUCACUCAUGGGGCUCGUCUUAGUGAAAGAACCAUACUAUAACGAAGCAGGCUACGACGUUCACCGCUCGGCGCCAGAAACGAAACUCAGUAGCGCCCUAUAUACCGAACGUGCAUACUUUCGCGCCCGCGCAUUCAUUCAUCAUGCCCUCACAAAUGACAUCACACCCUUCAAGGAAGAGCUGGAGUACUUGUACAGGAGUCAGGCCAAUGAUGCGCCCAAGCUUCUGGACAAAGCAAUCGAAGCUGCGAAAGAAACAGUGCAGGGUAGCGCCAGCGGUAGCGAGGAGGGAGAGCGCGACGGCCUUCGUAAGAUUAGCUUGGGUGCGUCGGUCAUGCUGAAAAGGCAGGUAGAAAAGCUGGAGGCGCUGAGACUUCCAAGUGCGUAAACUUUCGGACACAUGGUAGGCGUAAGGAUUGCAUGUAUCGGUAUCUACGCAUCAGGGUAAUGAACUCACAUUGGUAACUCCGCUCGAGCGAUUCUCGCGGCAUAGUAAAGUAUGAAAUGAGAUAAUGUAUCACAAGGUGCCGGCCACCACCCUAUCGCACCGUGACAGCCCUGGAUUCCGGAUACUGGAAUGGAUGCUGGCCUCUUGACGUCUGUACAGACAACUUAGCCCGGAGGUCCAAUGCUAUUAGUUUGAUCGGAGCCCCACCAAUAUUU